AUGGGUAUGUGUUCCAACAAGAAGCGCAGCAGCCCUGGCUUUGCUGUGUGGUGUGUAGUCCUGGACUUAGCCCUGCUCGUCGCCGUCGAUGCGGCGGGCAAGGAAGGUGGUGGGCAAGCCGGGCACUUGGCUGAAGAGCAUGGGGAUGCAGCCUACUGCUCCGCGUUGUGCACCGGGCGGUUGGACUUCGGACCGUGCUACAAUCAGUGCUUGUAUGGGAGGGUGACAGGACAGGAAGAAGCAAGAGGAGGUGGUGCAGUUGUAGGGCGAGCUGGUCUCCUGGCGAUGCCGACGGAGGGCACCGGAGGCGAGGGAGAAGAGAAGGGGAAGCAAGAGGACGCCGUCGGCCGUCUGAGCGACCCAGUCUGGUGCUACAAUGCCUGCCGUGAACAUCCGGAAUUGGACUACACCCAAUGUGUCAAAGAUUGCUACGCUGAGAAUAUGCCGGACGCCGCACAGCUGGUGGCCCAUGGAGGAACCGGAGAAGAAGAAGCAAGAGGAGGAGAGGUUGAUGUCCCAAUGACGGUGGUGCAGCAUGAGGCUGCUGCAGGUGCACUGUCGCGGGGCAACUGCGAUGAGUAUUGCCGCAAACACUAUGAUGAAGGCUCACCCGGAUACAGGCACUGCCAGUAUAUGUGCCCACGUCUGACGGUCCAUGGGGUAGCACAAGGAGAAGAAGCAAGAGGAGGAGCUGUUGAUGGGCUGACGGCGGUGAGGAAACCACACUGCGACUGGUUCCGCGACUGUAGUGUAACGCCAUGCGUCUGGCGCUGUGGGAAGAGGGUGCAAGCGGAGGACACACCCUCUGCCUGA